CACCCCGGUUUUCCCCCCGGCCGCCGGUUCGAAGCCGGCGACUGCUGCGAUGAGGCCACCUGCCCUGGGCCCCGCUGUCGCUGCCUGACGCUAAAAGGCGUUUUUGGCCUUUUAAUCGGCUGCUCAAAGCCCUGAAUAGGCGCGUGGAGAUGCUGCUGAAUGGCAGCUCGCUCCCUCGCCGCGGAAGGCAACAAAUUAGCCGACCGGCUCGGCUUUGCCUGGACACGGGGUGAUUAAUUAGCCGGGCCGGGCGCCCCGUUGCGACAACAGCGCUCGGUGGCAGCACGGCGUGUCCCGGCAGGCCACCGGGGCGAAGCGGCUGCGCCGGGAGGCAACGGGCCGGGAGGUGCCACGCUCGCCCCCGGCCCUGUUCGGCUGGGAAAGGACCCGGCGGGCUGCACCGAGGCUGCGUGUUGAAGCCGGAGGGACCCUGGAGAACGGCCCGGAGACGGGCUGGGAAUCCGGCGGGGAAAGCCCUUUGGGGGUGGCAGGCAGCAGCCGGCAGGGCCGUGUCGGGGGGCAGAGCGGCACUGUCGCAAUUCGGGACGCGAGCUAAUUGGAGCGGAAAAUCCAGCUGCUCUGGCUGCGCGGGGCCGGGCUCUGCUGCCCUCCAGCCUCCCAGCUGCGAGCGGGAAGGUCCAUCCCCUCCUGCCCCCAUUCCCAGCUGGGAACCUCCGCGGGAUGAGUCCCGGCCCCCUUCCCCGCCCGCUCUCGCCGCCUCGGUGACACCAGAUAACUUAACCGGGAGAUGCCGAGGCCAAGGUGCUUCGUCAGCUGCUUUCCGCAGCCCAAACCCAGCAAUAAAACCGUUCUGGGGCAGCGCCGCCUCCGCGUGAGCCCCGGCAGCCUCGCUCGGGCGGCUCGGGGCAGGGCUCUGGCUCCUGCCCCACGUCCAACUCCCACGAGCUUGAUUUCUCCUGCCCGCUCUCCGCAGCUCCGCCAGCCCCUGCACGGCAUCGCUGCCGGAACCGCGCCGCGGUGCCGGGCCGGAGCAGCCUCCCCGCCGCGCCGCCAUGGAGCCGCCUUUCCGCCGCGCCACGGCGGGACGCGUCGCCUCCAGCACGGAGCCGAGCACGCGGCAAGCGGCGCCCGGCACGUCCGAGGUCCGGCCCCGCUUCCAGAAGGUCUCGCUGGCGUCACGGCGGCUGGAGAGCGCGGCGGCGGCGCGGGGCCGGGACAGCAGCCCAUCGCGCGUGGCCGUGCUGCUGCGGGCCUGGGAGCGGGAGCUCGUGGAGCAGGCGGCGACGGGGCCCGUGCCCCAGCGACGCUCCCCCUCCAGCAGCCUCCCCAAGGACUUCGCCCCGCACGGCCCUGUCUUCUCGCAGGUUUAUUCCCCCGUUCAGAAGCCGAGGAGGCAGGAUGAGAGGGGAAACGCUGCAGCCGGGAGCGCCUGUGCCGCUGGCUCGCCCGGGGCAGACGGCACCAACGCGGCACCCGCGGGGUCCCCCUGCGAAACCCCCGUGCACUGCGAGAGCUACGUGCACGGUGCCCUGAGCCCUCCCCGACCCACCGAGCCACCCGCAGCGGUGCCCCUCCACAGCCCCUCGCCCGCGGGGGCCCCCCACGAUGGCACCGGGGUGGUCAGCACCGCUCCGGUCCCCAGCACCCCGCACGGGUCCGGCCCCGGCUCGCGCCCCGCCGUGCCCCGGGCCAGGCAGGUCACCGUGCUGCGGGCGGGCAGGGAAGCAGCCGGGUGCCAGCCGGGGCUCGCGGAGCGGAGGGAGGCACCCGACGGGACGCGCGAGGCUCCCGGCACCGCGGUGGCACCGGGGGGAAGCCCUGAGCGGCAGGGCAGCGACGUCCCCGACACCGCGGGCAGUGGCGAAAGCCCCCCGGCCACCUCGGCCGAGGGAUCCCGGGGGGACAAAUGCUCCACGCAAGCCGAAAGCACAAGUGGUGGCCGGAGAGAUGGUGACACCGCGGAGGAGGGGAGCACGGAGGAGGGGGACGGCGCUGCUUCGCCUGCACCAGCGAGGACAGGGAGCUCCGUGGGAGCUGGUGGCACCCCUGAAAACCUCUCCGCAGAGGAGAGCAGCAGCCCAGAGCCAUCACCUGAAGCCCAGGGGCCUCUGGAGGACCCAGAGGUUGAGCAGGAGGCUGGAGAGACGAUCGAAGACCCCCAGGGACCAGCCCGAGAGCCGGCGAGCAGCACGGAGCCGCCCCCAGCCACCGGCCAGCUCGCGGAAAGCCCCCCGGCCGCGGCCGAGGAGGACCCGGAGCUGGUGGUGGACAUGGAGCUCUUCGUGGACACGCUGCGCAACAUGGAGCCCUCGGAGAUGCGGAAGGGGCCCAAGGGGCCGCGCCAGCCGCGGCCGUCGGCGCUGGGCCGCCGCGCCGCCCUGCCGCCCAUCCAGGAGGGCCGCGUGGCACCACGGGCCCAGGGCUCGCUGCCCGCUGCCCUGCGGGAGCUGCUGGAGCGCGCCGCCGCCGCGGCCCCCGAGGAGGUGCAGAACCCCUACCUGAGCCGGGACGAGGCACCGCCGGCUCCGGCAGCACCCCGGCGCGGCGUUCCCCGGGGGAGGCAGGGCCGAGGCGGGCGCGGAGGUGGAGGAGAGAGCCAAAAUGCCAUCCCCAGGGCCUCCCUGGACCACAGCGUGCUCUUCCGAGGCAACGUCCUCCAAGGCGCCGCGCUGCUCCCCGGCUUCCCUGCGCACCGGGCGGCCGCGGCGGACGAGGCCAAGCCCUACUCGCGCCUGGACAACAGCGUGCUCUACAGCCGGCUGGUGGCCCCCGCCGCGGCCCCCACGGCCCGCCCGGACGCGGCCCAGGAGACGGCCUUGCUGGAAGCCCCAAGUCCCGGCCACGUCCCUCUCGUCACCGAAGAGCCGGCGCCAGGAAGCGCCCCGUGCCCCGCUGGCGCGCCGCAGGAGGACAAGGAGACCUUCAAGAUCAACACGCGACCCGGCAAGAUCAUCCUCUUCUCCGAGCCGGGCUUCGCCGGGCAGAGGCGGGAGAUCUGGGGCGACGUCCCCGACGCCACGUCCUGGGAGCUCUCGCCCACCAUCUCCAUCCGCGUCGUCCGAGGCGGGUGGGUGAUGUACGAGAAGCCGCGGUUCCACGGGCGCAAGUGCGUCCUGGCCGAGGGCGACGUGGAGAUCGACAACCCCUGGACGGCCCUCGGGCAGGCUGGGCCGCGCGGCGGGAGCCGGCCCUUCCGCAUCGGCUCCUUCAGGAGGGUGGUGCGGGAUUACCGCGUCCCCGCCAUCAGCCUGUUCGCGGAGGAGAACGGCGACGGCGCCAGGCUGACGUUCAGCGACUCGGCGGAGGACACCCGCGCGGGGGGCCAGGCCCUGGCCGCCGCCUCCAUCAUCGUCCACUCGGGCCUGUGGCUGCUUUACUCCAAGCCCUUCUUCGACGACGACCCCUACGUUCUGGAGCCGGGCGGGUACCCCAACUUGACGGCGUGGGGAGCGAAGGACCCGGCCAUCUGCUCCAUGCACCCCAUCCGGCUGGGCUGCCCCGUGGUGGAGCGAGCCGGGGAGCCGCAGGCCGUCAUCUACGAGGCCGCGGGCUUCCAGGGCCGCAGCUUCGCCGUGAGCCGGGACGUCUACGACCUGCGGCGCCUGCCGGGGCCGCCGCUGCCCACCGUGGGCUCCCUGCGCGUCCUGGGCGGCUGCUGGGUCGGCUACGAGAAGGAAGGCUUUCGGGGCCACCAGUACCUGCUGGAGGAAGGGGAGUACCACGACUGGACGCAGUGGGGCGGCUACGACGAGGAGCUGGUGUCCCUGCGCCUCUUACGGACGGACUUCUCCGCCCCGGCGCUGGUGCUCUUCGAAGCCAUGGACUUCGAGGCGGGCGGCAGCGUGGAGCUGAGCGAGGCGCUCCCCGACACGCAGCUGGCCGGCUACGGCCCCGUCACCCGCUCCAUCCACGUGCUGAGCGGCGUGUGGGUGGCCUACGAGGGCCCCAACUUCUCGGGCGAGCAGUACGUCCUGGAGAAAGGCGUCUACCGCAGCUGCGAAGACUGGGGCGCCGCUGACUGCCACAUCGCCUCGGCGCAGCCCGUCCUGCAGGUCGGGGAGCACGACCUGCACUUUGUCUCCAAGAUCCAGCUGUUCUCGGAGCCCGACUUCCUCGGGGACCACGUCUGCUUCGAGGACGACCAGAGCGCCCUGCCCGCCGCCUUCGUGCCGCGCUCCUGCAGAGUCCGCGGGGGCAGCUGGACCCUGUUCGACGGACAGGCGUUCGCGGGGGAGCAGCACGUGCUCUCCGAGGGCGAGUACCCCACGCUCAGCGCCAUGGGCUGCCUCUCCUCCACGGUCAUCCGCUCCUUGCAGAAGGUCCCGGUGUUCUUCUCGGAGCCCUCCAUCUUCCUGCACGGCCUGGAGUGCUUCGAAGGGAAGGAGAUCGAGCUGAACAACGAGGUGCGGAGCCUCCAGGCCGAGGGGUUCAACAACCACGUGCUGUCGGUGCGCGUCAAGGGAGGGAUCUGGGUGCUGUGCGAACACGGCGACUUCCGAGGCCGCCAGUGGCUGCUGGACUGCACCGAAAUCACCAGCUGGAUGACGUACAGCGGCCUCCAGCACGUGGGCUCCCUCUACCCCCUCCGCCAGAGACGGAUAUAUUUCCGGAUCAGGAGCAGGGAGCUGGAGCGCUUCCUGUCCGUCCCCGAUGACACCGAGGACAUGAAAGCAGGGCGCGUGGUGCUCUCCAGCCCGAGCGACCAGAGCAGCUCUGUCUGGUACUACGAGGAGGGGCUGAUCAAAAACCAGGUUGCCCCCACCAUGAGCCUGCAGGUCAUCGGGCCUGCCGGGAAGGGCGCCAAGGCCGUGCUGUGGUCCCAGAACCGGAUGCCGCGGCAGACCUGGAGCAUCGAUUCUUCGGGACGGAUCCACAGCCAGAUGUUUGAGGACAUGAUCUUGGAUAUAAAGGGCGGCCGGUCGUACGACCGGGAUCACGCCAUCAUUUGGGACACGGCUGAGGAAAGACCCACGCAGAUCUGGGACAUACAAGUGCUAUGAGGGGCCACACGGAGCCCUGGCUCCGAGGAGUGCCGCGGGACAGGACGGGAACACCUCGCCAGCUCCUCCGCUCCAGGCCGGGCUGUCUCCUUCCCUGUGCGCGCUGCACCCCAAGUCCUCCUCUGCCCCGGCUGUUGGUAUGAAGGAUGCCCCAAAAAAUCAUCAAUCUACUGUGCUGCCUCCACCACCGAGGGGAAACCAACCCCAUCGCCCUCCUGGGGCACAGGGGAGCCAGAAGCCCCAGCAAGCAGCUUGCACAGGGCCCCACGACCACGCAGGGGACACGCGGCACAGGACUGCGCGCAGCACUGCACGGCAAGGCUCCUUCCCCACCCGGCUUCCCCCUCCAAACUGUAUUUAUGUGUGUGUGAAGAUACAGCCCCGCUCACGCUGGGCCAGCUCUG